CGCUGCGGACCAAAUCUCAAGACUCGACGUAUAUCGAAUGUACCAACCAGUCCCGGGGACCAUCCUGUCGUCAAAGUCACCUGGCUUGGCUAAUCCGUACAGCUGAAUCGUUACAAUGUGUCGUAUGAUGGCAUGAUAGCAUAUUCGAAAAAUUGGAUGACCAAAGUAGACAAGUCUGUUCUGUUAUCGCGCCAGUUUGAUUAUUAUUAUACCUACUACCCCGUCUGCUCCCCGUCUGCGCCGCCUGGGCCGUUUUUUUCUAGCCUCGCCAAUGUAGAGAAGUCAAAACCCGUGCUGAACAUGCAAGGCUCAGACCCCGCGGGAACGGCCUCAAACUGAAGACCUUAGAUCAUUUUCGACUUCCAAGUUUUUAUCACAUUACAAUUUAGCCACGUUUCUCGAACAUAAGAAAAGAUGGAGACUGUUAAGCGGACACAGGGAUGCUGGACCUGCAAACGACGUAAGAUUGGGUGUGACCGCGGCUAUCCAGCCUGUAACAACUGUCUUCGUACCGGGAGGGAAUGUCAAGGCUACGGGAUCCGCCUGGCCUGGCCAGAUCAGCCGGACGGUAGACGCAGACUAACUCGACUCCCGAACCACACGAUCUACCAUCACGAAAUCGACUCCGCCUACUAUGGCCAGCAAUUUUUGAAUGUGACCUAUACGGAUCUGGCUAUAGCUAGGAAAGUCCUGGCGCCCAUUGGCUUGACCAUCCUACGAGCCCAGCCACGCCCUGGAAGAAGUAUUCCCAUAUUCCCAAAUUUUCAGGAAAGGGAGUCGCAUCUGAUUAAUUACUAUCGGAGCAAGCUUUCACAGAUGAUAUCCACAAUUGAUGUCAACAACGGUUUCCGUGAAGAGCUGAUGCCUAUGGCGCUUUCGACUAUCGGUAGCGCUUCGGACGGUCUGCGGAAUGCUAUGCUUGCUGUGGCGGCUUUUCAUCUUUGGGGCGCUGGGGAAGCUCUAUCCUACAAGGCGGAUGCCCUCCGAUCUUUAUCUUCCUCUCUAUCGAGCCAGUCGGUCGGUAUGACCGAGACGCAGCUAGCCACUUCUAUGAUGCUAUGUGUCUAUAAUGUUUUCGAUGAGACGGAAGGUAACUGGAGCUUACACCUCCAUGGCGCCCAGGAGAUUCUUCGCAAGCUGGCAGAUAAACACGGCGGACAGUUAAAAUAUAGCUUCUUGUAUACAUGGUUCUUGUAUCAUGAAAUUCUAGGGGGCUUUAGCCAGCCUCUUCAACAUGGACCCAAUGGCCCAGCAUCCCUUCAACUUUUACAUGACUCAAAUUUUGACAAGACUUUGAUCAUAGGAUCGCUCGGGUGUUCAGUAGAAGUCAUGGAAAUUAUUAGCUUCGCCAACGGACUACGCGCAGCCGAGCUCCGGGGCGAAUCCGCCGACCUUAGUCCCCAGAAGCGAGCGCAGAGGGCCGACGAGUGGCAUUCGAUUGAGAACAGAGUUACAAAUCUUAUACAACAGCUAGACCCCCGCGAUGCGAGGCAGCUGCCGCAGCAAGAGCAGAUCAGGAUCUUAACCACCGCGGAGCUCUACCGCAUCGCGGCCUUCCUGUACCUGCAGCGGACGGGCGACUGCAACGCGCAGAACCAAGAAGCGAGAUCCCUGUACCUGGAGCAGGCGUUCAAGGCGCUCAACAGCUUAGAGGUCUGCACCAGCCCCUGGCCGCUCUUCGUAAUUGCCUGCGAGACCGAGAACGACCACCAGCGAAUAAUGAUCUUGCAGACGCUCGACCGCAUGGAUAACAGACGGCGCAUUGGCAACGUGUUCGUCUUGAGAGCUAUUAUCGAGUCGUUCUGGAAACAGCAGGACCUCCAGGCUGAUAGCUGCCGCGCUUCUAAUCUCAAGUGGUGGAACGUGGUCAACCUCAACAUCAACGCCCCGUGGAGUAUCUGAUUAUUAGAACCUGUGGUAUAUGUGUAUUGGAUAAACGACGAAAUCCACCGCCAUCAUCACCAUCAUUAUUCCCAUCACUAACUACUACCCCCUAU